GUCUGUUGUUCGGGUUGGGAGUAGGCGCCUUUGACAGCGGUCUGCCGCUCCGUUUCAGCCAUUGCCGGGGCAACAAUUUCUACAUUUGUGGAGUUUUUGACGCGACAGGACAGAGUGUAUGAAGGAGGACACGAUGAACGUGGAGGCUCUGAGCAGAGCAGAGCUGCUGACGCUCCUCAGUAUCUUAGAGGGAGAGCUGGAGGCCCAGGAGGUGGUCAUUCAUGCCUUUAGGGCUCAACACAAAGAUGCUUUCAUCCAGGAGCGUUAUGGCCAAUAUGACCUCAGCGAUCCCUUUCUGGCCUUACAACGGGACGGCAAUGCAACUAAGAACCAAAACACAUUUGCCCAAACUCAUGCACACUUGCAUGAACAGGCAGUGGGCCCAAAUCCUUUAGCUGUCUUGAAACUGGUCAUGGCCCACUGUAAGAGGAUGCAGGAAAGGAUGAUGAGACAGUUGGCAGCGACUGAGAGCAGACACAAAAAGAUGAUAGCUGAUCUAGUGGAGGAGAAACAGCGGCAUGCCCAUGAAUCUACCCAGAGGGACAAUUUCUCAUUGAUACUGCAAACAGAGAGAGACAACCUCUUGCAACAGCUUGAAAUUGAGCGAGCAUCAGUGCAGCGGCUUGAGAGAGACCAAGAUCAGGCUGUGCACCAGGCAGAGGAGUCGCUGAUCCAGCAGCAGCAGCUUUCAUCAACUCUCACCUUAGAGCUCCAGAGGGCCAGCAACCAAGCACAGGGUGAGGCUCAGAAGGUCUCAGAGCUCCGUACUUUGCUUCAAGAGGAGACGGGCAUUGUGGAUAAGCUCAGGGGGCUUCUUGAAGAGGAAACGGGCAGAGCGGCAGAGCUCAAAGCUCAUUCUGAGAGGAAUCUUGCUGAUUUUGCUACAGAGCAACAGCAAUUGAAAGCCAGGCUCAGAGAGGAAGAGGAAAAGUGCAAGGAACUGAGGGAACAGCUGGAACAGCUGAAACAAAUAUUGGCUGACACCAGCAAAGAAGGGUCAAAGAAAGCAGUGACGCAUGUAAAAGAUUUAUCCUCCAAGAUGGCCACAGUAACCACCUGUGUUCAGACCGAGCCUGAUGGAAAAAUAACUGUACCGGCGAAAAUAUCCGUAAUGUCAAAGGUCAACGGCCAUCACCUUCUAAAAGAGACAGAGCUGACUCAGGAAGGCAGAGAAACAGACAACACAGGGCUGCUGGAAAAUGGUGGAGGAGCAAGUUUACAUUCACCUCUCCAACCUCAUCCUCAUGCUUACCCCCCUUCUCCGUCCAGCACUGCCUCCUCUUCCCUGUCUUCUUCUCCCAUUUCCUCCCCAAUAUUAGCUAAACGUCUCACCAGCCCAGGCUUCCACCAGUCCUCUUACCAGGCUGGAGUCAAUCAGAGAUUCCAGGCUGCCAGACACAAGUUCCAAUCCCAGGCUGAACUGGAACAACAACAGCAUGGUGGUCCCCUUUCCCCCAGGGACCUCUCACCCACCACCUCUUAUAACCUUGCCCAACCAGAGCACAGUGCAGCCAAGCAGCUGGCCCGCAACACUGUCACACAGGUUCUGUCCCGGUUCACUAACCAGCAGGUUGGUGUCAAGCUGGUACAAAUCAGCAGUUCCCCAUUUGGUACGGACUACCGUAAUUUAGCAGCUUCACCAACUGGAGCAAGGUCUCCUUCUGGGCCUUUAUCUCCAGGUAUUCGCUCCCCACUUACCCCGCGAUCAGAGAGGACUCAUGCUCCUCCGAUUCCUCCCAAGAAGCCAGGCAUGAGUCCGACUCCAGGCUCCCCAAGUCAUUCUGCCCGAACCAGCUUGUUCCCAGAGCUGACAGGGAACUGUGGACCCAGUAACAAUAGACAGGAUGAAUCAACAGAAAUGGACCUGGUUUUAUCUUCUAGUAGUUAACAUCUUUCUUAAAAACCCAUGAGCUACACAGAGAACACACAUUCUACCUGAUGCACUAUAUCAUGUCUCUGCCUCUUUUGAUAUCUGGAGGGCUAAAGAGCCAUGCAUAGAUGCAUCGAGCUAAAAAUUUUUUAAGGAGAACUAGUCUUGGCACGUUUAUCAUAGAAUUACUAACAAUGGCACCAAAAUGAGGACCAAGGAAUCAUCUGUGAUUAUUCUCAUGUUACUCACUGAGAACCUACAUUUAUUCACAAUAGGUGACCUCUGUAAGUACCAUUCACCAUUCUAUUAGUAGGACCUCCAGCUGGUAUUUUAGAGACAUUUCUUCACUGGACCAGUAAGCUAAGCUCUGUGGGAAUGUUGAAACGAUACACCCCUGUGCAGAUAGUUGACCCACGCCUGAUUUUUUUGGUUAUCUUCAUACAAAGAAUGCAGUGCAAAGACACGGCUCUAUGGACAUUAUGGAUGAAUAGCAGCCCUUAGAACUUAAUAGCUGACACAAAUUCACAAAAUAACACAAUGUUUUGUUAAAACUUGUAUUGCUGUUUGAAGACAUUACCCUGUAAAUUAAAUGGUCAUGAAUAUUAUUACAAGGAGUACACUAAGCAGUGAACUACUGCAACAUUUUGUAUGUUUGUGUUUUAGCCCAUUCACACUUCUACUUUGACCGAAUCAAAACAGACCUACAGUAGGUCUGUUUUAAGUAGGUCACCUACUUAUAUACAGUAUCUAUUAAAUGAUUAACAUCGUAUUCAUCAGAUAUUAUUUUAGGUGACUUUAUGUUUGCAAGAAUAACAUAUGCUGAUAUUUCAAACAGGAACACAAGCCCCUAGAGCUGUUUUUACUGGGGUUCAUUGUUUUUGUGGACAACUCAAGGCAAUUUCAAGAAAAUGUACAUUGCUCAGUGAUCAGAUGCACAAUUAAUUCAAUUCCUGGGGUAAAGUAAUUUAAUAUUUUCACAAAAAAUGUCAAUAACCUAAGGUUUUGUGGUUAGUUUGUCAAAAACGUAUUUUGAACACUCAUUCACCAAAUCUUUCAAUAGCAGUGUGUGAACAAACAGUGACAAUCCAGAAGUUGUUCAGUCUUUUUAUUCGUAUGACAGAAUGGGGCAUUACAGGCAACACAUCACUGAUGGACACACAGUCAGUAGCAUAAUGGAAGGGUUUAACACAGCUCAUCCAUCCAAAAUUUCUGCUUUAAUUUCAUGGUAUAUUCUUCUCGUUAGAUGUGGCCAUACAGAUGUCAAACACAUACUACUUUGCAUGGCAACUGAUUUACGUUCACUUGGCAUUGACCAACACAUAAUUUGUCACAGUACACUAUUUUAAGACUGCAACAGAAAACAGAAUUGUAAAAUAGAAAUUUGCAUACAUGGGCAAGAGAAUUGAGUUCUUUACCAUAGGAAAGAGAUUUUGGCAAACAAAUCUUGGUUAACAUGAAUAUGUUCUCCUUUCAGAGCAGAAAAGGAUACAAGUAGAGAUGAAACUGCCAAUGCAAGAGCGCAAUAUAGACUAGAUAAGAAAUGAUUUCAGCCGUAUGUGUGAAGACACAUUUUUAGAGGACACCCCAAAAACAGUCUCAUAUUUGCCAGGCAUACAGUACAUUGAUGGUUACAGGGCAGAGCUAUGCUAAGGAUUGUGGGUACCAAUUUUUAUUUAAUUAGCAAAACUUGACUUACUUUCAUCCAUGUCAGUCUGGUUUACAUGGGCAUGUUGGUGCAUAUCCAAGCUUAUUUAUGCCCAAAUGCAUGUCAACCACAUUAAAACAAAUUUUAUUUUACUAUAAACCCUUUUAUAUGACGGUGUUCUUUGUGUUUCUCACAUCAGAUGCGUUGUGCUGCCUGGCUUUAGCGUGUGUGAAUACACUGCGGUUACUGGUCUUCAUCAACAUGCUCUUCUUACAUCUUAGAUAGCUAAAUAAAGGUGUUACUGUAGCUGUCCUGAGCACAGCCCUGCACACACUGACCAAUCACCACACAUUCAGAAGUAACCAUUAUCUCCAAACAAAAACGAUAAUCAUGUCUCUAACCAAAGUUGUCCCACAAUCUGACAUACAUAUGUAUUACAGUCUUCUGUUUUGAUGACUUGUUUUAGUUGAUUCCUUGCCCCAAACUGAUAUAGUUUUGCUUUGGUGUAAGUCCUUGGGUAUGAUUACGUUCGACCAGUGGAGCCAGCAUCUCCCUGGCCAGUCCCUGACCUUCCACUAAGCAUUUUGCAUCUCCUUAACAAUUUUG